AUGGCGCCAGCCGUUACUACUUGGCGCCUUCAGCUGAUUGUCAUUGGGUCCAUGCUCAGUCUUGUGAGCCAGGUCACUUUCAUCGCAAGCCAGCCAAAGAUGCCUGACCGGGCUAUGUCGGCUCUGCGCAAGGCACAGGACCUGGAAGCCGAGGGGCAGUCGGAUGUUGGAAAACUGGAAGAGAUCGUGGAGGAGCCUUCAAUCUGGACUUUCGAUGUUAAGUUUGAGGUUCGCUGCACGGAAAUGGAUGGAUGGAUGGUUCAGGAAGAGGGCCGAGAGGGCUUCACUUUGAACCCCUUGUUUUUCUUCUGCGAGUAUCGAGCUCUCAUGGCCGUGUUGUGCAAGGUGGCAGAUCUCAAAGCUACGAUUGGGCGUUUGGAGGCUGCCGUCAACGCAAAGCACUCGGAUUCCGGAGACUCAUCGAAGGCGACGCUGGGCCCUCGAGUUGUGCGCCCAUCCCCCGUCACGACUUUCAACAUACGCGAGCCGCUUUCCGCGGGAGAUCAAGCAGUGCCGAAAGAGCACAAUGCUUCUGCUUCAGAGGUCACUUCCGCACCCGGCUCUCCGAAACCGGCGGGUGACAUCCAGGAUGUAGCCUCCAUCGAUGGGCCGCUGGACGGAGAGCCGGACUUACUCAAGGUUCCCUUGCAGAUUCCGCCGCCAAGUCCGGGGCCGAACCACUUAAACCCACCCGGCAGCCCCAAGGCGUCAGAUCCGGUAUCCCCAAACUCAAUACGCUCGAUGACAGGGAGUUUCUCGCUGAUGUCGCCAAGACCCAGCCAGUCCGAAGAACCGCCGGAAGAGGAAGCCAAGACACUCCUCCAGAAGAUCAAGAAGUUUGUGCGAAGCGAUACUUUCGAUCUCGUGGUCGGCCUUCUAGUAACCGUGAACUUCCUGACCAUGGCCAUGGAGCUGCAGUACGCCGGCCUCCAGUCUGGUUAUGUUCUCUCCAUCCGGUUCUUUGACGAACCGUCAGCUACGUUAUGGCCCUGGGCCGCGGACUUUUUUCAGGUCAUGCGCACAAUUUUCCUCGUAUUCUUCACAUCGGAGAUCUUGCUCAGGUUCCUUUUCCUGAGGGCGGCAUUCUUCAAGACUGCCUUCAACGUCAUCGAUUUUAUCGCUCUCUUGGCCUCUUUGGUAGAGCUCUUCUCGUGGAACUUGCCGGUGGAUCCCACUCUCUUGCGUCUUUGCCGUCUCGCGAAGCUGUUCAGGACGAUCCGCGUGUUGAAGGUUUCUGGCAUGCUGGACUCGCUGAGCCUGCUCGCCAGAUGCAUGAGCUCCAGCGGACUCACCCUUGUAUGGUCUCUGCUCUUCCUCUUGGUGAUCCAGCUCAUCGCAGCCAUGAUUGUCUGUUUCAUGGUGCGGCCUUACCUGGAGGAUGCCAACGAGCCUGAAGAGCGACGCCAAGCAGUGUACAAGUACUACGGCACCUUCACCAUUGCAGUGCUCACUCUCUUCGAGGUGUUCUUCGCAAAUUGGGCUCCAGCUUGUCGUGUCCUGGUCGAGAACAUCUCCGAGUGGUACUCGCUUCUCUUCCUCAUCUACCGAUGCGGCAUCGGUUUCGCCGUUAUCAAUGUCGUCAAUGCCGUUUUCGUGCAGCAAACAAUGCAAGUUGCAAAAGGUGACGAAGAGGUCUUGCUUCUGGAAAAGCAAAAGGCCGAAGAAAAGUACUUGAAGAACGUGGGGAGAAUCUUCCAUACUUUGGAUACAUCUGGAGAUGGACUUCUUUCGUGGGCGGAGUUCGAAGUCCUCCUUGAAGAUAAAAAGCUGAAGUUCCUCCUGGACAAGCUGGAAAUUGCUGCGGGGGACCUGAAAACUCUCUUCGAUCUCUUGGACGACACAGGCGAUGGCGAGAUCUCUGUUGAGGAAUUCCUUGAGGGCAUUACCCGCUUCAAAGGGGCGGCUAAGAGUCUCGACAUCGGUCAGCUUCUUCUCCGCAGCCGCCGACUCGAGAAGGGGGUCGCAAACUUGGAGCUCCACCUCCUGUCGGAGGACCAGAAGCUCGCCACCAAGACCGGGCGAUCUCAAUCAGCGUAA